AUGGAUAAAGUUAGUAAAUUAAGCAACCUAAGUAAUGAAUCGACGACGACUACUAUAGGACGUACGGAUGAAGAUGAUAUGGAAUUAUUAUAUCCGUUACCUGAAAAAGAUUAUGGUGGCGACAGAUUGGCUUUACAACAUCACCUAUUUAAAUAUAUAUGGCGAAGCAACUUUUCUGCACCCGUUGUUGAGAAAUUGAAUGCCGGUGCUAAAGUCUUGGAUUUUGGCUGUGGAACUGUCAGUUGGCUUUUAGAUGUAUCAUCACAAUAUCCAAAAUCAACCUUUUACGGUGUUGACCAACCAUAUUUACUUCGUCUUAGCACGCCGACGAUACCGUCAAAUGUUAGCGUUCAAUAUUAUGAUAUUUUAUCAGGGUUACCAUUUGAUGAUGAAACUUUUGAUUUUAUAUAUAUGCGUUUUAUGGCUGGAGAAAUACCCGAGAAACAAACAGAAAGGAUAAUAAACGAGUUUUUGAGAGUUUUAAAAGUAGGAGGUUAUUUGGAGAUUAUGGAUGUUGAAACUCAAG